AUGAAAAUUUUUGGGCACGGAGUGCAAUUCGUGGAGAAUCGAUUGGGCAAGCUCCUGGCGCUGAUCUCCGGCUACACCUACUACCGCGACAAGCAGUACGCGACAACGCACGUGUGGCGGUGCACCAAAGGCAACACAUGCAAAGCCCGCUUUACGCUUACAAACGACAUGCAUCUAGUGCGGGCCAUGUUCGCCCACUCCCAUCAGCCAGCUAACUACCCGUGCGGCAAGCGGCUGGCCAUCGUCCACGGCUACACGUUCUACUGCCACAAAAGGAACUCCAAGUCGCAGAUAUGGAGCUGCACCAAUGGCGGACGCUGCAGGGCGCGACUGAUCAUGUCUAACGACGCCCUAUUCGUCAACCACGCGCUCACCGAGCACAACCACCCGCCCCCGCAUUUCGUCAUCGAUAACGGGUUCUACAUGAAGAUC